AAUCUGCUGUAAUUACGUGUUAAAUAUUAUCGAUGUGCGGAUGUCAACAUUUGAAAAAAAUAAUUUAAAUGGUAAUUCAGAAUGGCGCGAAGAAUCAGCGAAUUAGUGUGUCAAAACAUUUUGACGUGAUUUCUGCAAACUCUAACCUUCAAUUCUGCGAGAAUCAUAGGCAAUAACUCAAACUUAUUCUGGGUAAUGAUUUUUUUUUUUUGGAUGAACGCAACAAUAAAAAUUAAUCUGUGAAAAAAUGGGUGAUCCAAGUGAUGACAGUGUACAAGAAAGUUUAAAUAGUGAAAAUGUAACAGUGAAAAAUGAUGAAGUUGCUGAACACAGUGUUGAAAAUGAUGUAAACAAUGAAAUUGAUUCCAAAACAGAAUCUAGCACAGAAGAAAAAGCUGAAAAAGUUGUAGAGGUGAAUGCUCAGCCUACAACUAGCAUUCAAAAUGUAGUACCACAAGUGAAACCAGUCUGGAGAGAAAAACCCAAAGUAUAUAAAAGAAAUGAUGACGAUAUCGAAGAAUUUGAUACAGAUGAAGAAGAUGAAUCGAAAGAGGAUCCUCAAUCCUCUGACCCAUCUAAUUCUGCCAAUCUUAAUUAUUCGAGUCAUAUGACAUACGAGGGUGAUAAAUGUAUCUAUACGGAACCAGGAACUGGCAAAAGAUUUAUUUGGGAUAGUCAAGAAAAUAAGUGGUGUGCUGAAGGAGAUGAUGAAAAUCCACAAUCAUUAGGUGUAUAUGGGUUUGAAAAUGAUACUCACACAUAUACCGAUCCAAAAGAUGGUACUGUAUACAUUUGGGAUAAAGAGAAAAACGGCUGGUUUCCUAAGAUCGAUGAUGAUUUUAUGGCUAGGUAUCAAAUGAAUUAUGGUUUUGCUGACUCUAAUGACGAUGCAAACAAACCUAAUUCCACCAAUUUAGAGCAAAAACCUCAAAUUUCAAAAGAAGAGAUAAAAAAGAGUAAAGAAGAGAAAAAAGCUGAAAAUAAAAGAAAAGCACAAGAGCCACCACAGUGGUUUGAAAUUGAUGAGGCUCAUAAUACUACUAUUUAUAUUUCCAAUUUGCCUUUAGAUAUAACAUUAGAUGAACUCGAGGGGCGAGUAACAACUUAUGGAAUACUUGCACGAGAUGAUAAGGGAAAAAACAAGCUUAAAUUGUAUACAGAUGAGAAUGGAGAAAUCAAAGGCGAUGCACGCUGUACAUAUUUGAAGGUUGAAUCAGUGAAUCUGGCGUUGAAUUAUUUCGACGGCUCGGACAUAAGAGGUAAUACUAUUUCGGUGCAGAGAGCUAAAUUUCAAAUGAAAGGUGAUUACGAUCCUACGAGAAAACCGAAAAAAAAGAAGAAGGAUAAGGAGAGGCAAAAGAAAAUUAAAGAGAAGUUACUUGACUGGCGGCCAGACAGACUGCCCGGCGAACCAUCGAGGAAUGAACGAAUUGUGAUCAUUAAGAACUUAUUUAGUCCAGAAGAAUUCGACAAAGACGCAGGACUCGUCCUUGAGUUUUCUCAAGAUAUUCGAUCAGAAUGUACAAAAUGUGGCGAGGUCAAAAAAGUUAUCAUUUAUGAUCGCAAUCCUGAAGGGGUGGCUCAAGUAACAUUCAAAGAGGUAGAAGAGGCGCAGGCCUGCGUGCAGUUGCUGAAUAAUCGAUGGUUUGCUCAAAGAAGAAUAACAGCUGAAAUUUGGGAUGGCAAAACGAAGUACAAAAUCAAGGAAACCGAAGCGCAGAUCGAAGAGAGAAUCAACAAGUGGGAUAAAUUCUUAGAAGAGCAAGAGGACGCCGAGGACGCUAAAAAAACGGCUGCAACGUAAAAUUCUCUUUUCAAAAUACGAAGUUGUAUAUUUUGAUUAUUUUUUCUUUAAUAAAAAAGAAAGUUUGUUUUUAUCUAUAGUAGAUACAAAAUAUCUUAGCACAGAUUAUGUACCUAAAGUAGGGCUUACCGGUUGCAACUGCAUACCGUACGUAAGUUGUACACCAUACCCACUGUAGGUAAAACAUUUCGAGCAUUUUUACAAUGGUAUUAAACUUUUAGUUUUAUUUUAUACUUGAAAAAAAAUUAACUUGAAAGUUGUAAUUAGUUUCAUGUUUCAUUUAUUGUGAAAUAAUUAAAUUUAUUUUGCAUAAUUAAAAGUGUAAAAAAGUGAGCAUUAAAUUAAAUUU